CCCUGGGGCACCCACAUGUCAGGGCCUACCACCAUGCGACUGAGCUCCCUGUUGGCUCUACUGCGACCAGUGCUGCCGCUCAUCCUAGGGCUGUCUCUGGGAUGCAGCCUGAGCCUCUUGCGGGUUUCCUGGAUCCAGGGUGAGGGAGAAGAUCCCUGUGUAGAGGCUGUGGGGGAGGCAGGAGGGCCACAGAAUCCAGAUUCAAGAAUUCGGCUGGACCAAAGUGAUGAAGACUUCAAACCCCGGAUUGUGCCCUACUACAGGGAUCCCAACAAGCCCUACAAGAAAGUGCUCAGGACUCGGUACAUCCAGACAGAGCUGGGCUCUCGUGAGCGGUUGCUGGUGGCUGUCCUGACUUCCCGAGCCACGCUGUCCACUCUGGCCGUGGCAGUGAACCGUACAGUAGCCCACCACUUCCCUCGGUUGCUCUACUUCACCGGGCAGCGAGGAGCCCGGGCCCCAGCCGGGAUGCAGGUGGUGUCUCAUGGGGAUGAGCGGCCAGCCUGGCUCAUGUCUGAAACCCUGCGCCACCUCCACACACACUUUGGGGCCGACUACGACUGGUUCUUCAUCAUGCAGGAUGACACAUAUGUGCAGGCCCCCCGCCUGGCAGCCCUUGCUGGUCACCUCAGCAUCAACCAGGACCUAUACUUGGGCCGGGCAGAAGAGUUCAUUGGUUCAGGCGAGCAGGCCCGGUACUGUCAUGGGGGCUUUGGCUACCUGUUGUCACGGAGUCUCCUGCUUCGCUUGCGGCCACACCUGGAUGGCUGCCGAGGAGACAUUCUCAGUGCCCGUCCUGACGAGUGGCUUGGCCGCUGCCUCAUUGACUCUCUGGGCAUCGGCUGUGUCUCGCAGCACCAGGGGCAGCAGUAUCGCUCAUUUGAACUGGCCAAAAAUUGGGACCCCGAGAAGGAGGGGAGCUCGGCUUUCCUCAGUGCCUUUGCUGUGCACCCUGUCACCGAGGGAACCCUCAUGUACCGGCUCCACAAGCGCUUCAGUGCUCUUGAGUUGGAGUGGGCUUACCGUGAAAUAGAGCAACUGCAGGCUCAGAUCCGGAACCUGACGGUGCUGACUCCGGAGGGGGAGGCAGGCCUGAGCUGGCCCGUUGGGCUCCCGGCUCCUUUUACCCCACACUCUCGCUUUGAGGUGCUGGGCUGGGACUACUUCACAGAGCAGCACACCUUCUCCUGUACAGAUGGGGCUCCCAAGUGCCCACUGCAGGGGGCUAGCAGGGUGGAUAUAGGUGACGCCGUGGAGACUGCUCUGGAGCAGCUCAAUCAGCGCUACCAGCCCCGUCUGCGCUUCCAGAAGCAGCGGCUGCUCAAUGGCUACCGGCGCUUCGAUCCAGCACGGGGCAUGGAGUACACCCUGGACUUGUUGCUGGAAGCAGUGACUCAGCGUGGGCACCGGCGGGUUCUGGCCCGCAGGGUCAGCCUGCUGCGGCCACUGAGCCGGGUGGAAAUCUUACCUAUGCCCUAUGUCACUGAGGCCACCCGAGUACAGCUGGUGCUGCCGCUCCUGGUGGCUGAAGCUGCUGCGGCCCCAGCUUUCCUGGAGGCCUUUGCAGCCAGUGUUCUGGAACCACGAGAACAUGCGUUGCUCACCCUGUUACUGGUCUAUGGGCCACGGGAAGGUGGCCGCGGGGCCCUGGACCCAUUUCUUCAAGUGAAGGUUGCAGCAGCUGAGUUAGAGCGGCGGUACCCUGGAACAAGGCUGGCCUGGCUCGCUGUGCGAGCGGAGGCCCCUUCCCAGGUGCGACUCAUGGACGUGAUCUCUAAGAAGCACCCCGUGGACACUCUCUUCUUCCUUACCACCGUGUGGACAAGGCCUGGGCCAGAAGUCCUCAACCGCUGCCGCAUGAAUGCCAUCUCCGGCUGGCAGGCCUUCUUUCCGGUCCAUUUCCAGGAGUUCAACCCUGCCUUGUCACCACAAAGGUCACCCCCAGGGCCCCCAGGGUCUGGCCCUGACCCCCCGUCCCCCCCUGGUGCUGACCCUUCCCGGGGGGCUACUGUAGGGGGCAGAUUUGACCGGCAGGCUUCUGCAGAGGGCUGCUUCUACAACGCUGACUACCUGGCGGCCCGAGCCCGGCUGGCUAGUGAACUGGCAGGCCAGGAAGAGGAGGAAGCCCUGGAGGGGCUGGAGGUGAUGGAUGUUUUCCUCCGGUUCUCAGGGCUCCACCUCUUUCGGGCCGUAGAGCCAGGGCUGGUGCAGAAGUUCGCCCUGCGGGACUGCAGCCCACGGCUCAGCGAGGAACUCUACCACCGCUGCCGCCUUAGCAACCUGGAGGGGCUGGGGGGCCGCGCCCAGCUGGCCAUGGCACUGUUUGAGCAGGAGCAGGCCAACAGCACCUAG